GCGGCUCCGGACACACCGGGUCAGUCUCCGCUCUGGACUCUUUCAGUAAACAUCGCUCACGCCGCUCCUGCCGCUCCCGAAGCUGCUGAUCUCCGUACCACUAGUGCGUAAGAAGACUCCAGACGUGUUGAUAAUAUUGUGGCUGCCUUCAACACUUGUUUUCCCUGAGAGAGGAUGUGGCCUUCAGGAUGGUACUGUGGAGUUCUCCUGCUGGUGGUGUCGGUCGCCUCCAACACCGUCGAGGUGGUCUAUCCCUCUCCUGUACUUAUGGAAACAGAGUCGUCAUACUGGCUGCAGCUGGCCAGGAAGGAGCUGGAGGAGGCGCUACACAAACCUAAACUCACUAACGUGGCCAAGAACGUCAUCCUCUUCCUCGGUGAUGGUAUGGGGAUCACUGUAGGCACUGCUGGCAGGAUCCUUAAAGGGCAGAAGAAGGGAGUGUCUGGGGAGGAAGGUUAUCUGGCCUGGGAGAGAUUCCCCAAUGUUGGCCUCAUCAAGACCUACAACUUGGACAAGCAGGUGGCAGAUAGUGCUGCCACUGCCACAGCUUUCUUAACCGGGGUCAAAGCUAACUACUACACGCUGGGGGUCAACGGUAAGGUCAAACUGGAUGACUGUGAGGCCUCGCUAAAACCGGAGAACAGAGUGGAGUCUAUCUUGAAGUGGGCACAAGAUGCCAACAAGGCCACAGGUGUGGUGACAACAGCUCAGGUAACACAUGCAACACCUGCUGGUCUGUAUGCUAAGACUUCCAACCGUAAGUGGCAGUGUGACACAGCCAUCAUGAAAGCUGGGCCAGAUGCUCUCAGAUGCAAGGACAUUGCUCGCCAGCUGGUUGAAGAUGAACCAGCCAUCAACAUGAAGGUUAUUAUGGGUGGAGGUCGACAGGAGAUGGGGGAACCACUGGAAUCAGGAGCUGAAGAAGUAUGUGUACGUACUGAUGGUAGGAACCUGGUGCAGGAGUGGAAGAACUCCAAGGCUGCCCAGGGCAAGAACUACACAUACAUCACCACCACUAGAGAACUACGCUCAGUCAACACUCAGAAUGCUGAAUACAUCAUGGGUUUAUUUGGAGACAUACAUGUGCCAUAUGAGGUGGAUAGGAACACAAGCUUGGAUGGGACUCCAUCCUUAAAGGAGAUGGUUGAGGUUGCACUCAGGAGACUCAAGAAAGAUGAGGAUGGGUUUUUCUUAAUGGUUGAGGGAGGCAGGAUUGACCAUGGGCUUCACUGGGGCCAGCCACGACGAGCACUAGAGGAGUUGCUGGCCAUGGAGGAGGCACUGGAAGCAGCAUUGAAAAUGAUCAGCUUGGAGGAGACACUGGUGGUAGUCACAGCAGAUCACUCUCAUGUUAUAACUAUGAAUGGUUAUCCUGAGAGAGGCAACAAUAUUCUUGGUGUUGUGAUGAAUGAUGACGUCGAAGACCACAUGCCCUUCACAACCCUCAUGUUUACUAAUGGUCAUGGCUUCAACUACACCUGGAAUGGAGAAAAAGUAAUGCGACGAAACUUAUCAGGGGUUGAUACAACUGAGGCAGAUUUUGAGGCACUGGCUGCUGUCCCUACUUCCCCAGGCUCAGAGACUCAUGGAGGGGAAGAUGUUGGAGUAUAUGCCAUAGGUCCAAUGGCUCACCUCUUCCAUCGAGUUCAUGAACAGAACUAUGUGGCUCAUGUGAUGGCCUAUGCAUCAUGCAUUGGUCCUUAUGAGAAUGACUGUGAGCGUCCAGUACAAAGACCAGAAAAUAUCUACAAGCAUGUUAAAGACCUCAAUAAGAAAAUCAUAAAUUCAGGUGGAACCCCAGUAGCUACAUGUUCUGUAGCACUAGUGUCUAUCACACUGGCUUAUGUUACCAGACUUUUGAGGUGCUGAGGGUAAGCUUUGGCAUGUCUAGAUACACUUUUAUUAUGAAUAUAUUUAUUUAUUUUAUUAAACAAGGAAAAGAUUUUUCAUUCAAAUUUAUCUCAAGCUGAAGUUGGUAAUAUUUACAAAAUUUUGUUAGUGUGAUUCAUGUUAAGUUUCCUUUUCAAAUUAUUAUUUUUCACAAUAGGUUUAUUUACUGGUAAUAGCCUUACUGUUAAGAAUAAUACAUUUAAGAAACAAAAUUGUUACGCACAAUUGAUUUUUUAACACUAGCAAGUAAAAUCAAUUGAAAUAAAAUUAUAUCUAUAUAGUUUAAUUUAGCAGAUGCAAAGCCUCUCAAGUACAGUAUAUAAUGAUUUCCAGCCAUUAGACAUGGAACCAUCAGGAGCGGCAAUUUAGCAUUGUUUUUCUCGGUUGAGUGUUUGACUCCCACCCGAAAGAACCUGAUUCAGUCUUAGUGAGGCAAGAUUGAUGGUCAAGUGUUUAAUUUAUAACCAAAAGAGCCCACUUCUGUGGUCAUCUCCUGACAUCUGCCCCUGUCUAUCUAGCAGUACCUACUUUAGGAGUUAGUUGCAUGGUGUCAGUCACAUACUACUAGGAAAGAGGACCUAAAGACUGCAUUGGAAAAAUGCAAUAUUGCUUGGCUUCAUGGGAGGUACUUUAAUGCCAGUGAAAGGCUCUUGGAGAUGCAUUCCUUUUCCAUGGAUCAAAUCUGAUCGUCUCAUUCUCCAAAAUGCUGUAUGACCUCAUAAGGGUUAUACAGCACCCCAGUGAAGUAAAAAAUAGCCUUGGAUUAUCCUAGACUUAUUAUUCCUCUAGGGUGAAUAAUCCAAAGAAAGUCUCCUUCCCAACUGGUGAGUGAUGCAUAUGUAAAUAAGACACUAAGCAAUAAUUAUUGUCUGAUAGGCUGGAUCCUUCAAACCAGACAUUGCUUUAAAUAUUUUUUAUUUUUGUUACAUAUUUAAAUUGUUUAGUACAGUAAGAGCCAAUCCUUCUGAACAUUCUUUGAGCUUUAUGGAUUCUUCUGUGAAUGUAACAACAGUUAGCUUCAUGGAGGAGAGUAAAAUACAGUGAAGGUAUUUUGAAAAUCGUAUUCAACAUGUAUACAUCUUGGUGAUGAAAUAAAAGUACGGUGGAACCUCAGUUUUUGUGAUUAAUUCGUUUCAGAAAGUCUGACAAAAAUCGAAUUGUAUGAAUACAGAAGCAAUAUUUCCCAUAAGAAAUAGUGUAAAUCCAAUUAAUCCAUUCCAGACAUGCAACAAUAUUAACAAAAAAUACAUUUUAUAGAGAGUAACUAUGGUUUUAUAUACAGAAAACAGUGAGAAAUAAAUAUAAAUGGAUAAAUGAACAUUUAACAUCACCUUUACCUUUAUUGAAGACUCUUGUUGGCGUAUGGAACACGGCGAGGAGGGGAGAGGGAAGAGAGGUUAUUGUUUGGAAGGGGAAUCCCCUUCCAUAAGGACUUCAGGUAUCAAGGCACUAUCUGGGGUUACUUCCCUUCUUUGUCUUUUACUGGCACUAGGACCAGCUUGAGAGUCACUGUACCCCUGUCGCACAAAAAAUCUGUCCAGAGAGGUCUGUUUCUGGCGUCUCUAACAUUUUCCUAAAGUGGGACAAGGCAUUGUCAUUGAAUAUGUUGCAGACACAGCUUGCAACAGCUUUGUUAGGGUGAUAUUUCUCCACAAAACUUUGCAACUCACUCCACUUUGCACACAUGUCCUUAAUCACUGAAGAAGGCACAUUCUCCCCUCUCUCUUCCUCCUCCUCUGAGGCAAUUUCCUCAGCUGCGGUCUGUUGCUGUUCUAGUUGAAGGUGUUGCUGCUCUUCAGUGGUUAGCUCUUCCCUGUGGUCAUCCACCAACUCUUCCACAUCCUGGCCACUCGCAUCCAACCCCAUGGACUUCCCCAAAGACACAAUAGAUUCCACAACAGGUGUAGGGUUGUCAGGGUCAGCCCCAGCCCAUCAACUGCCUUGCCUUUUUGCAAAUUAUCGACUCCAAAACACUAUCUCCCAUGAAGGGUGAUGCUCACUCAACUGAGUCACUCGGCGCUUGAGUGGCUGAGUGACGCAGGUGGGCCGGUGGACACGUUUGGUACGGACCAUUGUCAACUCCAUGAAAACCGAGGUGAUGUAUGAAAACUGGGACAAAAUUUUGACAGAAAAAGUCCUCGAAAACCCGAAUCCUACGAAAACUGGGGUGUAUGAAAACUGAGAUUCCACUGUAGCUUGGUUCUACGUCCCAUGGUUCGGUUGACAACACACUCACCUCACACAAUUAGUGUCCAUGGUUCAAUCCCUGGCAUGGGUGGAAACAGACAUGUUUCCUCACACCUGUUGUUCCUUUUCCCGUAGCAGUAAGUUAGGUACCUGGUGUGGGUCUCAUCCUGUGGGACAAGAUUGAAAAGGACCCCAAUGGAAAUAAGACAGACAGUCCAUGAUGAUGCACUGACUUUAUUGGGUUAUCCUGGAUGGCUAACCCUCCAGGUUAAAAAGCUGAAGAAAAUCUUACAGUACCACUGCUAAACAUCAAGUGUACAGUGGACCCCCGGUUAACGAUAUUUUUUCACUCCAGAAGUAUGUUCAGGUGCCAGUACUGACCGAAUUUGUUCCCAUAAGAAAUAUUGUGAAGUAGAUUAGUCCAUUUCAGACCCCCAAACAUACACAUACAAACGCACUUACAUAAAUAUACUUACAUAAUUGGUCACAUUCGGAGGUAAUCGUUAUGCGGGGGUCCACUGUAUUCUCAAAAUUAGUGUACAUUUAGGUUUGGAAAUGCUUGGUUAUAAACACCAUACUUAGUACAGUAUGUAUAUUGAGAAAUAUAUAUUAUGUGUUAUAUAUAAAUACUUUUAUUUUUUAUGAUAGAGUAAUGUAUAUAAGACACUUUAGCUAUAUGUAUAAGAAUUGUGGCUUACUCUCCUGAAUUGUACUGUAUAUCAGUACCUGCUGAGGUAGACAUAUUUCAAAAGACACAUGUACAGUAUUUUAAUUUAUCAAGGAAACAUUCUAGCAUGACUGGCUUCUUUGGACCUGGCAAAAUGUUUUCCCAAUACAAUAUCUUAACACUGAGCAUGCAUCUUGUUUCACAUUUUUUAGUAAACUGUACCAAAUCUUUCCUUGACACAAGUUGUAGAAGCUUUGUCUGGGAUGAUGUUUUGCUGUCUAGAAUUUUCAUCAAGUUACAGUAUUUAAUAAAUUGAUAAAAGCUCUACAUAGAGAAAAAUAUUGUCCCAACAGAUAUUUUUGUAACGUGUGUCUUCUUCACCGUUGUUGGCAUUUUCUAUUUUGAUCCACUAGUAUCUGUUGUAGAGCUUGUUGGAAAAUAGUUUAAGCCAGAAAAUGGUUUUAAUUCAUUAGUUGGUUAAUUUUUACCAGAGGACUCAUACAGCAAAUAAGAGAAUUUUAUUAGUAUGACAUUUCAUCUACAUGAAGCUUUAUUGAGUACCUCCUUGUAUUUGAUAAAGCCUCAUGUAGGUGACACUUCACAUCAAUAAAGAUAUGUUGCUGUGUUUUCUUAUCACUUAUUGGCUAUGUCAUACUUCAACUUUUUCUACUAACAUAGAAUUUUAAUUACAGUAUUAAAAGUAUUAAUAAUUAUUGUUGGUAGUUUAGUGAUUAUAUUACUAUGCUACCGUAGUGCUAGAUACAUUAUUUUCUUAUACUGUAUGUUGUAUUUUGUUGACUGUAUAUUUUGUCUGACAUUUGUAGUGAAGGUGUUGCAUUAUAAUCCCUUGUUCCAGAAAAUUAGAGCUACACCUCACCUUCCUUGGCUCAAACCUGAUCACCUCAGGCGUUGUAUGACCCCUAUGGGUUUAGCGCUUCCACGUGGAUAUAUGAAUGUAAAGUACUGUAUGAUAUGGAAUAUAUAGUCUCACCUGAGAAAGUGAAA